AUGAGCGGCAACACGAGACAGAAGACUGCUAUCGUUGUAGGCGCCGGAGCCGGAGGCGUGUCGACAGCUGCUCGAUUGGCAAAGGCGGGAUUCGAGGUCACUGUGCUCGAGAAGAACGACUUUACUGGAGGUCGCUGUUCCCUGAUACACAAGGAGGGCUGGCGUUUCGACCAGGGACCGUCUCUGCUUCUCCUCCCUCGAUUGUUCCACAAGACGUUUGCCGACCUCGAUACCAGUCUGGAAGCCGAAGGAGUACACAUCGUGAAAUGCGAGCCCAACUACAACAUGUGGUUCGGCGACGGCGAGAAGUUCCAGCUCUCGACCGAUCUGGCUCUGAUGAAGGAGCAGGUUGAGAAGUGGGAGGGCAAAGAUGGAUACUCAAGAUACCUCUCGUUCCUCCGAGAAGCCCACAGCCACUACGAACUCAGCGUCGAGCAUGUGCUGUCGCGCAACUUUACCAGCAUUACAUCCAUGUUGCGACCCAGUUUCCUAAGUCGCGUCUUCGAACUGCACCCUUUCGAGAGCAUCUACAGCCGUGCUUCGAAAUACUUUUGGACUGAGAGAUUACGCCGUGUUUUCACAUUUGCGAGCAUGUACAUGGGCAUGAGUCCGUUUGACGCUCCGGGAACGUACAGUCUCCUCCAGUACACCGAGCUGACUGAGGGUAUUUGGUAUCCAGUUGGAGGCUUCCACAAGGUCAUUGAUGCACUUGUCAAGGUCGGCGAGCGCCUAGGCGUGAAGUACAGGCUCUCAACACCAAUUUCCAAGAUCACUCUCUCUCCCGAUGGUCGUCGGGCGACAGGAGUCGUACUCGCCAACGGAGAAACUCUUUCAGCCGACGUCGUGGUGAACAAUACCGACCUUGUGUAUGCGUACAACAACUUCCUGCCGCCAACUCCUUAUGCCGAAUCUCUGGCCAACCGCGAAACGUCUUGCAGUAGCAUAUCCUUCUACUGGGCAUUGGAUCGUAAGCUACCGGAGCUCAACGCUCACAACAUCUUCUUAGCGGACGAGUACAAGGAGAGUUUCGAUUCCAUCUUCAAGAAGCACCUGAUUCCAAACGAACCCAGCUUCUAUGUCAACAUUCCAAGUCGUCCAGAUCCCACAGCUGCUCCUGAAGGCAAGGAAUCGGUCGUUGUGCUGGUCCCAGUCGGACAUCUUCUCAAGGAGCAUGAAAAUCCCUCGCCAGCUACGACAGCAAAAGGCAAGGACAUCCAACAAAGUGAUGCAAAUGAAAGAAUGACGGGCUCAGAUUCAGUACAAGGCAUUAAACCGUCCGAGGCUCAGGAUUGGCCAAAGAUGAUUGCACUGGCACGCAAGACCAUUCUCACCACUAUUGCCAAACGUACUGGCGUCGACAUCGAGCCUUUGAUUGUUCACGAGAUCACAAAUGAUCCUGUAACGUGGCGUGAAUCUUUCAACCUCGACCGCGGAGCUAUCCUAGGGUUGUCACACUCGUUCUUCAACGUGUUAUCCUUCAGACCCGCCACGCGCGCGAGAAGAGGCGGAUGGUUAGAUGGACGCUUUGGUGGUGGUGUGGCUGGCAGGAUUGGUGAGCUCCUGUUCAGUGGUGGCAGUAUUGAGCGUCUGUAUAUGGUUGGCGCCAGCGCUCACCCUGGUACAGGUGUACCAAUUGUCCUGGCAGGAGGCCGGCUGGUUGCGGAACAAAUUUGCCAGGACUUGGGUGUGAACAUUCCAUGGCAGAGCGGAUCCCCAGAGGCACAGCGAACUGGCGCUCUUGACCAAGUGCAGAACUCACUUGUGCCUGAAUGGAUCCUCUAUCUGCUUCUCGCAUUACUCGUGCUUGUUCUUGGUAUCUUCCUGGGAAAGCAGAGCUAA